GACGCCUGUCUAGGCAGUUACAACUUCCGAAGGGACACUCGCCGCGCGGCGACAUUGUGGAUGUCGCACCACGUCCGCCGACAUGGCAAACCGCAGCCGAUCAGUGGCUUGGGCGAUGCGACAUUUCAAAUGCACACGACACAACCCGAACGUCCGCAGUCCAAUGCAGACGACGGAUUCGACAUCAAGCAGUUUCUCUUGGAUCAAAAGACUACGCGCUCGUUCCACGACAGCGCGCUCUUUCGAUCGUGUGGUGGUCGCGACAUGCAGAGUUACCCCGGCGACGGCGGACGUCCACCGCUGCGAAACCCUGGCAGCGCGUUCUACAAAAAGGCCCAGCUACCUAAAAUGGAAAAACAUCCUACGUUGGGCAAAGCGAGCUCGAUGCCGUCCCUGGAUCCAAACGGCGAUGGCCGGUCCAACCACCAUGCCAACGCAAGAAACGGAUCCAUCGUCGCCACGCCUGACGACGCGACGUCGGGAUAUCGCUUGUACGCGAUUGAAAACAUGGCCGACUCGUCCCUCCAUGCGUCGCGGUCACAGAACCACACGUGGCAGACGCUUCGAACGAGCGACCUACGCUCCGAAUGCCCAUGCAAACGAAGCGAUGUGCUGGACCUAGCCGCGUGUUUCGAUGCCGCCAUGAGCUACUCUGGUGGCAAAGAUAACUGGGAGGGUGACCGUCGAACGGCUCUGAUUGACCGCGACUACAUGGCGGUACAGGCCAACGUCGUGGCCUUGUACCGCCCCGUCAACGACAUGGACAAGCGAGUGUUGACAUCGAUCGUGUUCGAGCAAAAGUGGAGCGAUAUUGUGUUGGGCGAACUGGAAGGGAUGCUUCUCGUGUCGUUUUUUGAACAGGGAAGCUUGCUCCGCAACGUCCGCAUUCAGUACGCGACUGCGUUCUAUCGGCUCGAAAUGCACUACACUGCCUGCGAGGCGGAAAAACAACGAGCGCUCGAUCAAGCGUCGCAUGCCCGCAAAGCGUUGACGGACCAAGCCACGGCGCACGGCACGACCAUGGCUGCAGUGCGCACGGAGUACGAGACCUCGAUUGCUGCGCUAAAAGAUCAGAUGGAGCACGAGCGCGCCGAGGCCGACCGAAAGCUGUUUGACGCCAAAGAACAGAUCGCCAAGAUGAGCGAGACGAUGAAAACACUCAAUGCUAUCUUCAAGCAAAUGCGCGAAGAUUCGGACAAGGUGCGCGCGAUCGAGCUCAAAGAGACGAAUCAAAAACUCGAGCGCAAAUGCAAUGCGCUGGACGACGAAGCCAAGUUGCUGCGCCCGCUUGUCGCGCAGAAUCGCACGCUCGAGGCCAACGUGGCCAUCCAGUCUGCACAACUGGACGCGGCAACUGCGCGAGUGCUAGAACUUGAAGCGUCCAUUCAAGACAAGGAAGGCAUUAUUGAGAACCUACUGCACCGACAGGAACAGCUCCUGGUAAAGCAGGACAUGUUGACAGAGCAGCGCGCCAAGGUGUCGAGUGGAGGAGACGCAUCUGGAGGCGACCAAGGCCUCGGGAUGGACGCAGAGGACGACCAAGGGCCGGGGUCUCAUUUAUGCAGUCGCUGUCAGAUGGCACUGUUCGAUGAUGACACGAACGGCGGCGGGAAUGCGAUCAACCAUACCAGUGCGACAACUGCCAAUGCAGCAGGAGGGGGCAGUGGGCAGCCCGUGCCGCUGGCCAGACGUCGCGACGGAAAGCGUGUGCAGUGCCUCGCUUACCGAAUUCUUCUUCCCAACCUCCAAGGUCGGCGCCCGACGAAAGACGUGUCAUGGACACUCGGGUGCAUGCGCGCGAUAUUAUACGCCAAGCAACUCGAUGACGCCAUUUGCUUCCACAUGGGAGUGCCAGUUCGGUAUCGCAUGGCCGAGUUUGUGUACGCGUGGUUUGCCCCGCCAGACAUCUACAUGGGCGACGUCCCCAACGACCAACGCGACGUCAUCUAUGCCCAAGCCGACGAGGCGCGGUGGAGCCUGUACUAUGGAGCCAAGCUCCUGUCUCGCGAGUGCGUCGAAGCCAAAGUGUUUUUGUCGUUCCUGGACGAGAAAUAUGGCGACGACGAGCUCGUGUUUGGGCUCUUUUGCUUGCGUGUGUUGGAUUGUCUGGCCGGCGGCGAGCUCGACUGGAGCCCCCUUCGGCAUGCGACGACGUAUCCACUCUUCCGAGAUGAAUGGGAUGCGCAUUUCAACUUGACGGGGGAAACGAUUCAAGUGUCGAAAGUCGUGUGGAUCACGCUGCACCAUGCAUCGCUGGCGACGGCAAUCGUGCUCGCCAAGGCGACAGCAGACGAGCGCGACGUGUUCGACUCGAAGAUGAAGGCCAUGGCGACGCUAUCGCUUCCUCCGUCCGAGCGGCCGUCCCAUGUCGUGUCGUUUGACGGCAAGAACGACGGUCCGAUGCUGGACGCAUUUCAGUGGCUUAGUCUCAUGCUCCAGGAAUACCGAGAGGAGCAGGCCCAACGGCGGGCAGCUAUUCGCCUUAUGUUCCAGACCGCGACAACCAACAACGGCGCGGGGACGGCAGCGUCCCCCGUCGUUCAGUCCGGCUCGACGGACGACUUGAUGGCCACCAGUGGUGCCAACGCCGAAAUGGACAUGGAGCAAUUCCGGGCCAUGGUGUUGGCACUCAAUUGCGACGUCACGGCGGGAACGAUUGCGACGUUCUAUCGGGCGUCGUAUGAGCGCGGGGAUGGCCACGUAACGUACGACGCGUUCAUGGCGACGGCGGAAGCGCUGCACUUCUUCACGAGCUGCAUGCGGCUACCAUCGCCAAACGUCAUGGCAAACCAGGAGAUCGAUCCGACGGACAAGAACGGCGGCAUCAACGCCCCCCACGCCCGCCUCGGGUCCCUUGUCGCCAAACACUUCACGCUCUACGAAGCCGAGUGCAAACUCAACUUGCAGGCGUCGCCCCCACUGGCGCAGUCGCUGGCAAAGCACGCACUAGAAGAGCUUCGCGUCGUCCUCCGUGAAGGCCGCGGGUCAUCCAUCGAUGGCUUUCGCGCGCUCGCGGCAUAUCAACGGCUCUUGGCGUUGCAGGUGCAAGACCGCAUGGUUCGGACGGAGCACGCGAGUGCUGCUCUCACGUCCAUGGUGGCGUACCGUCUGGACAAGGAGCUGUACAGUGCCAUGGAUUGCGUGCGCAUCGACCAUUCCAAGCGAUCGGGGGCGGAGCUCCUGUUGGACUCGAUUCGUCGGAAACUGUCGAUCCAUCGGCUCCAGCGGGCCUUCCGGGCGCGACUCUUGCGCGACCAAGGCGUUCCGCUCAACAUGCGCCAACUCAUGCACGGUGGAUACGGCAACGGCAAGACCAACUACCGCGAUCGCCGGGCCAUUCGACCGACAAAGUGGCUCGUUGCCGUGAUUGCCGACCUGAUCCGGUCCAAAAUCGAAGCGGACGCGUCGCCAUCGACGAACGCGAGUCGGUUGUUUGUCGAGCACAUUUACGACCACAUGACCAUGCACUUUGGCUCUCGGUGGGAAGCGGAAAAGACCAUCCACGACAUCUUUGUCAACACUCGAUCGCUCGUGUCGACGCAUCCUCGGAUUCUCCUGUUUUCGCAGUUGUGCGGCAUGGGCAUGUCCGGGGAGGACAAAAUCUUCGGCUCCCCGCAAGCGUUCGCGUUCAUCACGAUGGUGCUGCACUGCGGCCACCAUCAAUUCCCGAUUUUGCACCCGACGGCGGGCGACGCGAGCGACUACUGCCGCCACGACAAUGCGCUCGCGAUCGUCGACGUGUUUUUUUCGUCGACUGGACAUGACAACAAAGAGCGCAUGGUGACGCGGCUGCGCGAGCUCGAGCGACAGAGCCCCAAGCCCAAAGCGUCGGACGCUGACAUGCUGCUGCUGUUUCUACUGGAGGAGUGGCGGCAUUACAUGCUCGACCGCAUGAACCAAAUCAAGGUCGUAUGCUGCUCCGACUCGGACUUGAUGGCCAUCGAAGGCUACCUGAGCUUGGACAACGUCAUGGCCAUUUUCCGGCGCACAGGAAUCAACAUUUCGGAGCUCGAAGUCGCCCAAGUCUUUCGACAGGUCGUCCAGUCCAACUACUCGAGCUUGUCGUUGAUGGAGCGCCUCGUCAAGUUUGUGUUUCCGAUUUUAUGUCAUGAAAUCACCGCCGCCAACGUCCAAGAGGUUGAAAAACCAAACUACAAGGACCAGAUCUACCUCUUGCUUUCCUUCUGGGAGCCCUACGAGGUUGCUUGCGAACGCGUAGUCGAGGACUUGCGCGCGAUCGGCAUGAAAAAUGAUCUGGACGCCGCGAUGGCCACCGUUGAUGCUGAUCGGCGCCGCAAUUCCCUCAGUCGCGCCGCGACCGUCAACUCCAAGCUACGUGCAGCCAACGUCACAGUUGCCGACGCUGACAAGUUCCAGGUCAAAUAUAGAGCCCUUUGUGACCAAAUGCGUGUGUUGGCGAACCACCAUGCCAUCGAUGCUCACGCCAAUGCUCCGGAAGGAGAGCAAGACACUGACGCCGACGGAAGCGCGGCCCAAGCCGCUAUGUGGACAGAACAAGUCGACCAAACAGCCAAACUCUUUCGCAAGUUUCUCACGGAAUGUACACGUUUGCGGGCUCUGGCCAAGAUCGAAAUCGGUCCGAUCCCGGAUCAAUGGCAUCCUGCCACGAAUGCUGUUGCCGCCCCGCCAUCGUAGCCCGGCCCAAGUUCCCUCUAUUCGAUUUGGCCACAUUUGUUCUAUCCAUGCGAUGGCUUUGCGCGCAGCGAGCUUCUUGAGACCGGCGCGCACGCUCGCCUUGGUGAGACCAAUCCGUACUAGUCAUGCGACGCUCGGUACUGAGUAUUGCAUCAAAGCAGAGCAUGUUUGACGCCCUGACUUAACGGCGUCCGUCGAGGCAAUGCCUUCAGUUCGAUUUGUACACUCGUAGACACUAGCCCUUGUCGCAAAAAUGGCCAUUUCCUGAUAUGUGUGGGUUGCACAGUCUCAACACUACCGGUGCUCUCACUGUUUUACAAAGUGUAGCCUCAGGAGCUUGGCCAGCAUGUCAGCGCAGCCCGAACGCUUCUUCUUCAGAACUAGUCAAGUUAUCUUCGUCCUUCAUGCGUGGUCUCGAUUCCUUGAGCCGUGUGCGGUGCGAACCGCUCCCGCUUCCACGUGCUCAUGCAAUCAAGCUUCCGUGGC